UGUUUCCAAAACAGUUCGAUAAAAAUUACGAACACUAUCUACAGAGGAUGGUCUCUAUGAGUAAGUCAAUUUAUUUCAUCAUCACUUCUCACACACAAAAUGCUAAUCAAAAACUAACUGCCUAUUUUAAGUAUAUCACGAUUUAAUUUCACUUGGUUGAUUUAGAUUCUGAAUGUAACGAAAAAACUACUAGUUUUACAAAGAUGUGUGUUUUUUUCUCAGACAAAAUUAUUUUGGUUUGUUAGAAGGCUCCAAAUUAUUCAUACCAUAUCAUAAAAGAUGCAAAUUUUUCACCCGGUAAUACUUUUUCGCAAAAAGUUUACAUUUUAAAAAUUAAAAACAAAUAUAUAUAUAUAUCGGUUUUAUUUUUGUUGAUUUAUUGUCUUGAUUUCAAGUCUUGUUUAAAACUACUCAUAAUGUUUGACAGAAUUUUACAUCGGCUGUCGACCUGACACAACUCUAUUUGUCCUUACGGUAGAUAGUGGUGCCGUGGGAGUAUACGAGAAAAAAAUGAUACUUUGAACUAUAAGGUGAAUUCCUCCACCUUACAAAAUCAAUAUCAUAUACCUAAUGGACAGUUUUAUUAUUUUUACUUUGUUUUUUUUUUUUUUUGUAAUUUGGUUAAACAUAAUCUCAGACAUUUGACAGGUUUAUGGAAUAGUUAUAUUGUCUUUUUUUAGACAUAGUAAAAUUUUUAAAACAUUACAAUUUUAGAGCUAUUUAUUAGCAUUUGGAAUUAGUAUAGUUUUUUAAAUUUUUAUUUGAAUACAUGUGGAUAAAAUAGUAUGGCCUAACAGAAAUGUUUCACAAUUAAAUAUAUGGUACAUUCAAAUUUAUAAGUUUUUCUUAGUGGUUUAAAAAAGGUUAUUCAUACUGUACCUAGUAGUUUUUAACUUUAACUAAGCGUUAAGUUUUAAACAAAAUUCACUCGGAAUCAUAUUACAUCAGCAAUAAUUUAUCAUUAUGUACAAAUAUAAAUAAAUUAACUGUAUGUGUUUUACCUUCUCAGCUUUCCACCUAUAACAGUAGCAUAGCCAUCAGUAUUAUUAGCUCUUUUUUUUUCAGACAAUUUACGAAAAUUCAGUUUUUCAGAAUUCAUUGCGAUAAAAACCGGUAUGUAUAUACUAUGUAUACUGUAAGUACGAAUACUUAUAUUAUUAAAAUCAAGAUGACUUUUGAAUCGUCUCCCAAAUUUAGGAAAGUAACCAUUUUUCACUCGAAUUGCCUUCUAUAGCAUACCUAGAUUAUUAAUUAAUAUACCGAUAAUUAUACCUAUUAUAUCGGUUAUUGUAUAAAUGUUCGCAAUGUUUAAAAAUAUUAUUUUUAAGACAUACGAUAUUUCCGUACAUUUUCACAUUUCAACUAAAUUAUUUUAUGUGUUGACUACUUAUGAUUUUUUAUUAUUAUAAAUUAUUACUGCUGUAUCGAUCUAAAUUUACUAAAAUAUUUAUAAUUUUAUAUGUAUAAACUUAAGAUUUUGUUGCAACCAUAUUUAUUAUUAUUUAUUAACCUUAAUUAACAUUAAAUCAAUCAACUUUGACUUUGAAUUUUUUAUUAAUAUUUCUUAUAAUGUAAAAUUUGAAAUCUAUUAGUUUUAAGUAUAAUUAUUUGGGGCGAUUCGAGUGAAAUAGGGUUACUAUCUAAAAUAAGAGGCAAUUCAAGUGAAUGAUAUUUUUGAAAUCGGGAAGCAAUUUGAAUAACCUUUUUAAAAAAUAUUCAUGAUAAGCGAUUCGAGGGUCAUAUUGGAGGCAAUUCGUGAACGUCCAAAAUCAGUAUCGAAAAAACUUUUUGAUUAUACUACAUGUUUUUUUUCCAGUUAACUUUGCAUUGCCAAACGAAAACUUCGAUAUGUACACGGAUAAAAUUUUUCCACUUGGUAAGUAUACAAUAUACAUAAUAUUAUAUACAUAAUUUUAAGUACCGUUAAUUCAAUAUUGAUAGAUACGUACCUAUUAAUAAUUAUUUCGUGUAAUUAAAAAAAAUAACAAUAAUACGUAAUGCAGUAUUAUAAUAUACUAAUAUUAGUUAAUGUCAUGAAUCGAUAUCUGUUUAGGAUUUAAACCUGUUCCAGAAGAUGUAUUUAAAUUUUUUAAAGGUCGUAAGUAGCUAAACAUAAGCACUUAUAUAACAACCAUACGCUUAUUUUUAAAAAGUAAAUAUGAGAAACAAUAGUGAAGUUUUUUUAUUAUUAUUAAAUACCAAAAGCAAAUCAUAUAAUUUCCAUAAACGAAUACGAAUAAAAUAUAAGUAGACAUUUUAUAUAGAUAGUGUAGGUAUAUUCUCGGACUUUUCGGUAUAUUUUAAAAUAAAAAAACAUAGAUUUUCUUUUAUUUAUGAGUUUAUUGUAAAAUUGUUGAUACAUUUCUAUAAAGUUAUUUCACAUACAUACUGGGGAAAACUAUUGAGGAAAUUUAAAAAUUAUUCUUGUAGUAUACGUAUCUACGUUAUAUUAUUUAUUGUUUGUGUAUAUUUUUCAGUUUACCCAAUUCUUCAUGAAAGAACAUAUGUUUAUAGGACAACGCACAAAGGUAAGUACGUAUAUGUUUAAGUUUAUCAUUGAAAAUUUGUUUUAGGUAAAACAUUUUAGAUAGUUGUUAUUUAAAUUAAAAUAAAUUGACUUAAACAUAUUAUUAUUCAAACAAUUCACAAUUCCACAAUAUUAUUUGUCGAAUUUAACGAUAUUCUACAUGUCCAGUUGGUAAACUAUAUUUAAAUAUUACUUUCUCUUCCAGUGGCUGAACUAAUCAACCUACCGAAAUAUGAUAGCGAAAUUUACGAAACUACCGGAAGGAAAAAUCCCGCAUUUAAAAAAAGUAAUACGAGUUUAUACUUACAUAGACAAUAUCAAUUUACUAAGUACCAAAUAUAUUGAAAAUCUAUAAUUGUGCAAUAACAUUUAUGGUAUGCUUACUACCUGAUUUCACACUAACUUGCAAAUAACAAAUUAAAUUCUUGCGGAUAUAAUCUUUCAUCUAAAAUAUCGUAGUAGGUAUUUUAUUUCUUUGUUUUUGUUAUUUUUUUAAAAGAAGUUGAAUUUUUUUGUCCAUGACAACUUAAUUAAAUAAUAACAACUAUUUUGUUCUAUCUGUACUACAAAGAAAUGUAGGUAUACAGAGGUAAUCUAAAAUAAAAUUUCAAAAAUAAAAAGUGCUGAUAUUGCUAAUGGGUGUGCUACUGCUGUCAGUGGGAAGUCGAGAAGGUACUUAAAUUUAUUUAAUUUAUAUCAGUAAACAACGAUAAACCUAAUGAAAUAAAAUGCUGAGCAAAAUUCAACUAUCAAAGUCGUGUUAAAUUUUAUGUAUUUUAAAUAUUUUCUAUGUGAUGUUGUAAAUUCAUUUAAAGAUUUAUAAAAUGAUAAUAGUUGUACUUUGUCGACAAUUGCUUGAGUAACAUUUAAUGUCUGCAAUGUGCUAUGACAGGUGAUAGAUUAUAGGUAUUUCUUUGUCAAAAUAUAAACUAAUAGCGCCUAAUGUAUAAUAUAGUGUUAAUACAAUUAAGGAUUUAUAUUAAUAAAUUACUAUAGUUGUGAGUAUAUAAUAUCAUACUAUUUUUACUAACAGUUUUAGAUGACAAUAAUGCCUAUGAAGUACGAGAUAAAAUAAUUGACCAUUUAUGUAAGUUGUUUCAAUAUUUUAAUAUUAUAUUUACUCGUAAUAAAUUAAUAUAUUUUAUUCAAAAUAUUAUUAUAUAUUGUGUUUAUGAUUCAUUCUAUAUAAUAUCAUGAAAAUAUCGCAUUAUACAAUGUUUGAAAAUAUGGAUUUAAAUUAUCUUAGGUUAAAUUAAACCAAUAAUUUCAUAGGUUGAUUGUAGAUACAAUGAUGGUAUAAAAUGAUAGAACAUAGAAAUAAAUAUUAUAGGUAUACCUGUUAACUAUUUGUUAUUAAAUAAAAAAACAAUUUUAAUUCAUUAAUACACCGUAUAUAUUUAUUUUGAAAUUGAGUACCUUUAUAAUUCUACAUUAAGUCCUAUAUCGAAACAGAAUAAUAAUUGUGUUACCUACCUAUAUGUAGUAUGCAUGUAUAAUGUAUUUAACAUUCGUAUAUAUUUUUAUACAUAUACAGGGUGUUUCUGAAAUGAAUAAGAACACUAUUAUAGGUGUACUCACUGGUGUGUCCUAAUGAUGAUUUUUUGAAAUUUUUUUCCUAUCUUCAAAACCUGAGUUGUUUAAGUUAUUUGUAGAAUAUUAUCAGCAAUUUAAAAAUGAAUACUCGAAUGAUAUUUUUCGCUAAGUUCUCAUACAAAUCAAUAUGUCACGUCGUUUUUGCGUUUGUCGCGCGUUUUUUACGCUCGAGUCACCAGGAAAAAAAGAUGUGGUGUGAUACAUGGAUUUGUAAGAGAAUCCUGCUAGGUAAACAAUGGUGAAAUUUAUUUUUUGUCAUUUAACAUACCUGAUUAACUAACACAAUUUUUACAUUGUCGACUAAUACAAAUUAUGAAAUAAUAACAAAAUUAGGGUUAACUGAUUUUUUUAAACGAUUAAAUUUAUUGCUAUAAAUUUAAGUUGUGUUUUAGGUGUUUAAUAUUAGAUGGGUGCUUUUAUCUGUAAUACCAUGAAAGUAACUAAUUAUUUAUGUAUUUAUACGGACAUUCCUAUUUUUGUUUAUCGCAAGAACCUUAUUUUAUCAUUAUUUAUUAUAAGAUAACAUUUUUAUUUUGAACUUAUUAUUUGUGUAAUUUUGUGCCUACUUUUAUCGUUAAUAUUUUAGUGGCCUAACAACUACUCAGUUGUGGCAUUGAGAAACAGUUAAAUUAAAUUCAUAAUUAAAAUUUUGAAUAAUGCAGUACACUGUCGUUGAAUACGCAGAGAUAUGGUAUUUAUUUUGGGUAAGUAGGUACUAAUUAAUUUUAUUUAUUUAAAGAAUGUUACCAAGCAACAUUAACAAAUAUUAAAUCACGUACCAACUACAACCGCGGCAACUUAUUUCCCCCCAAACAUAAAAUUUCACCUCAAUACCUCAUCAAUAUGAGACGUUUUUUAACUGUCUUGGUCAUUAAUUUAUAGGGAGUAGGGGAUGACUUAAACACCAAAAACCAAAUCUGGGGCUACCACUCCUCAAAUCCUAAAGAGCACGCCUUACCACAAACCAUUAACAUGAAUCAAUAUUCUAUCAUAAUCCCUACCAACCCAAUUUACUGACCAAUAUCAACUAGAAAGCGCCCUGACAUUUUAGACAUAUUUGUUACAAAAAUCCCAAAUAAUAUUAACUCAUCAAAUUAACCAAAUUAAAAAUUGUUUGAACUGAUAUUCUGACCACUCUUUAUUUCUUUUAUCUAUCGACGUAUUGCCCUCUUUACAAAAUAGCAGUUAGUCUAAUAAAUGGCCAAACGAAUUGGGAACAAUUUUGUGAAAUUCUCGACCAAAAAGUAAAUCUAAACACCCACUUAAAAUUACCAAACGAUAUUGAAGAUGCGGUACUAAAUCUCAUGGGUAAUAUCCAGUUAGCAGCAUAGAAAUUGUCCUACUAAAACUCGAUUAACCGGUUAUAAUUAGCUUUUAAUCCCCACUCACAUUCGCGAACUUAUAGCACAAAAUCGCCGAGUAAGAACCCACUGACAACAUAUCAGACUUCCCUCAGACAAAAACUACUACAACAAUCUUACAUAGACUCUUAAACGUAAAUUAACCAAAAUAAGAAAUGACUUCUAUAAAAAUUGGAUCUCCUUAUUUUCUACGAAAGAUGGGUCACUGUAGAGAGCUUCUCACAAGCGGCUCAGACAAAAAAUAAUGUAAGCACCCAUUGAAAAAUACAAACGGUACUUAGUGUAAAUCUGAUAGAGAAAAAACAGACAUACUUCGCUCUCAUCUCUCGGAAGUCUUUUAACCCCACCUCGACGUAGAAAAUAACAUAUUCACGGAAAGUAUAGGGAUCUUUCUAAUUUCUCCCUUACCACUGUACUUUGCUCCUAAACCUUUUUCCCCAGGUGAAAUUCCACAUUGUAUAACAUUUUUUUCUUCUUGAAAAACUUCCGGUAUAGAUUUAAUCACCGCUGAAGUAGCUCGUGAACUCUCAAGGAAAGUAUUUAUUCACAUAAACCAUAUACUACACUCCUUACUAAAGCUUUUCUACUUUCCACUACAAUGUAAAAUAUCGUUAAUAAUUAUAGUUCUUAAGCCAGGUAAUCAUCCAGAUACAGCAUCGUCCUACCAUCCAGUAAAUCUAUUGCCCUUCUUUGCCAAAUUAACUGAAAAAUUAAUUUUCAAAACGUAUAUCAACAAUUGUUAAUGACAAAAAAAUAAUUCCUAACACCCAAAUUGGCUUCCAAAACAAGCACUUUACCAUAUAACAAAUAGACCGAAUUACUGACUCUAUCACCUAUGGAAAAAAAAACAAUACUGCUCUGCUGUUCUAUUAGAUGUUGCCCAAGCAUUUGCUAAGGUUUGGCCUUCUGACAUUUUAUUAAAACUAAAAGCACUUCCUCCUCCUCUUUAUUUCUUAUUAUUCAAAUCCUACUUAGAAAAUAGCAAUUUCGUUACGCAGAUAGGCUCAGCCUUCUUAAACCUAUAUCCUAUUCUAACCGGUAUUCCUGAAGGUGCAGUUUCUUCUCCCGUCCUACAUAACAUAUACAUUGCGGACAAAUCUACCACCUCAAUCACCACUGUAGCUGAAUUUACAGAUGACAAGAUUGUCAUUACAUCUCAUGAUAUCCCGAAAACUGCCUCCCAACGUAUACAAAACCAUAUGAAUAUGAUGGAAAAGUGGUACUCAAAAUGGAAAAUAAAAUCAACAACGAAAAGUCCUCAUAUAUUACCAUUACCUUUAAACAAAACAUAGUUCCCCCAGUAGUUUUGAACAAUAAAAUCAUUCCUCCGACCUUAAAUGUCCGUUUACUAGGGUUGACAUCAGAUAAAAAACUAACUUAAGAGCAAAAAAUAUUAAACAAAAACAUGAAUAAAAUUAUUAAAUUUAUUAUUCGAGUAUUAAUUUUCAUAUUGCAGAUAAUAUUCCAAAAAUAACUUUAAAAAACCCUAUGUUUUGAAGAUAGGAAAAAAAGUUUCAAAAAAUCAUCAUUAGGUUUAAAAUUUCGUAUAAAAAUUCAAUCGUGAAUUAUAUUAUUAUAGAGCUAACCAAUGAUAUCAUAUACGCACAAAUCAUUUAUGACGUUUGUACCUAUCUAGCCUAUCAUUAAAUAAAAAAAAUAAUCGUUUUAUUAUGAUUCUAGUGUCUAAUUAUGUUAUGACUCCUAAACAACUAGAUGAUUUUCAAAACAGUAAGCUUUUCUGAUUUUCGAUAUUGAUUUGUUUUAAAAGUGUUUUAAGUUAAAAUAUUGAUAACAAUCUUACAAAUAAUCAUCACUUUGCUUACAUAAUAAAUGUAAGUGAGUUGAGUUACAUAUUUUAUUAAUAUAUUUAUAUGCUCAAUAAUUCGAUACGGGUUUUUCAAUUUGAACUUCGGAGUUAGCGGUGAAAAAAAAGUUAGAAUAGUUAAAAACACGGAUUUUAUAUUUUUUAUUUUAAAAAUAUGAUGGAUAUAUACAUAUUAAUAAUACAUACCUUCAUACCUAUUCACUAAUAUUAUUAUUAUACAUAAACUCGUAGAAUUUUUUCCUCAUAACAGUUACCCGCUUAGGUACGUUACACAGGCACCUGCAUUUCAUUAAAUUUUCUUAAAACUUUUUUCAAUAAUUGUUAUUUUAAUUCUAAAAAUUAGUAAUCAUAUUUUAAAAAUUUAUACAUCAUCCGAAACCUACAAAAAACAGGUUUUAAGUAAUGAAUGUAAUUAUUAUUACACAUUUACACAGGUAGGUACACAUAGUAAAUAUAUUUGAUACUUACUGUUCAGUAGUACAAUAAUAAAAGUACAGUAAAAUAAUAAUUUAUAAUAUUGUGUACCUAUACUAAUAAUAAAAUAAAAAUUAGGUAUAUCAAAAAACUUAAUUCUUUAUAAUAUUAAACUCGAUUUAAAAAAUAAAUUUGUAAUUUAGGAAAUACAAAAUUGAGUUUUAUAUUGUGUACAUUAAAAAUUCUUCAUCUACAUUAUUAGAAGCAGAUAUGUUACCGAUUUUAGUUUUAGUACUAUCAUAUACUUCCCAUCUUCCAUUUCCUAUCGAGGAGAAAGCUGUAUACUGUCCCAUCGUUAAUCCGAGACCUCUUCGUUCUCCUCCAUGAAAAUUAUUUAUUCCUCUCAAAUAGUAUAUUUUUUAAUCAUUCACAAAUAUUAUAAAAGAUGUAAGAGAAAAAAAUACGGACAUGCUUCGCACGAUAAGUGGGUCACUAACGUGGGUGACAAGUUGGAGGUAUAGGUAUAGGGGAAAUUUAAUGUAUAUUUGUACAUAACAAUAAAUGUUUGUUAACAAAAAACGAUUCUGAUCAGAGUUCAAUUAUGCAUAUUUUGAAAGGCCGUAAUAUUUACAAUUUUAAAAUAACACAUUUUUUAAAUUUUCUCACUUUUUCUACAUUUACUUCUAUUUAUUAAGAAAAUCAAAGAAGUACAACAUUAAACAAAUAUUAUUAAAGAAAAUUUAUAGAGCCCAUUUAAUUAUUUUACUAUAAUAUGGUAUAUAUAUAUCUNUUUUGAUGUAUCAAUAUGAAACUCAAUUUUUUAGAUUCUGAGUGAAGCGAAAAAGCUUAUAGUUUUAAAAAAUGUUUAUGUUUACUAUUUUUUUAAUCUGUGAACAACUUUUCUACCAGAAGACUUGCUCAGAUUUUUAAGUGUAGCACUUUUUUUGAAAGAAAAUCUGCUUGAGAAGGUACGUUAAUGAGGUCAUUUUCGAUUUUUCCAAGAGUUUUUUCAUCAAAUUUGAAAAACUAAAAAAAAAAACGGUAAUAUACGCAAAAUAUAUCACUAAAAUAUUAUGAUUUUUUUUCCUGUGCACAACUUUCCAACCAGCAAUUUAGCUUUAACUUAUAAUAAUAACAGUAUUUCUAAAAGAAAAUUUCACUAGGAAGAUGCUUUAGAGAGGUCAUUUUUCGGUUUUCUCAGAAGUUUUCUUAUCAAAUUUGAAAAACCGAAAAAUAAUGGAGAUAAACGGGAAAAUAUAUUAAAUGUAGAUAUUUGUUAAAAUAUAUUACGAUUUUUUUUCCUGUGGACAACUUUUCUAUCAGUAAUUUCGCUCCAACUUUUAAUGGUAGCAAUAUUUUUCUAAAAUAAAAUUUCAGUGGGGAAGUUUUUUUAGAGAGAUCGUUUUCGAAUUUUCUCCGGAGUUUUCUCAGCAAAUGUGAAAAACUGAAAAAAAACAUAGGAAACCUGGAAAAACGUAGGAAAAUCAGGCAAAUCAGUACAACAUUAAACAAAUAUUAUUAAAGAAAAUGUAUAGAGCCCAUUUAAUUAUUUUACUAUAAUAUGGUAUAUAUAUAUAUCUUGUAUACGUCUAUACGUACCUAUUUAUAAGUGCCUAUAAUAAUAAUUGCAUCCACUACUUAAAACCCGUUUCUUGUGGGUUUCAGAUGAUGUGUAGAUUUUUAAAAUGUUAUUGUUAAUUUGUACAAUAAAAAUAAAAAUGAUUGAUAUAAGUUUCGGCAUUGGUAAUUAUUUUGAAUCGCGGGUACUGGAGUGACGGUACACUGACACCGCUAUUGUUACCCAUUUUUCUGGGGUUUUGGAUGGUGUACACAUUGUGAAAUUUUGAUUACUAAUUGGUAAAAUUAAAAUUAAAAAUAUUGGAAAAGGUUUUAAGUGAAUUCAAUGAAAUGCUGGUGUCAGUAUAGGUGUGUAAUGUACCUUCACCACGCGAAACAAUCACGUUGCAAAUCCUACGGUUGACUUGUCCCAUGUAACUGUGAUGCAUUUUCAGUACCUACCUACUAACAAUUACAACAAAAUCUAUUUAAAACGCUGAGUUAAGUUAUGGACUUAGAGCAGUUCUAAAAGUACAGUCAUAGUCACAGCAAUAUUAUUCUAUAUAUAAUACUAUUAUAACAGUGUAUUAUAGUUUUACUAACAUUUUUUUAUUUUUAGGUUUACCUCAUGCUUUUGAAAAUUAUACAGAAUACUAUAAAAAACAAUUAAUCACAAAUACGGGUUGGUAUCUACAACAUAUUUUAACACACACAUACAUAAUUUAUAUUAUAUAGUUUUAGAUGUAAAUAUGUUGUAUAGCGUUAAAUAUAUAUAAAAUUUUAUCAAAAAUGCCAAUAAAACUGUAAAUAAUUUUAAGUAUACUUAUAAUAUUUAAUGCGUGGCGAAGUUUAAAACACGCAACCUACGACAAGCAAUACUGGAAUAGAACGUAAUAUGGAAAAGACUAAUAAAACUACCGGGGAUAUAGUAGGAAAACUAAUAAUACGUAGAAAAUAAUAUAGAGACGGGCCGAGUCAGACGAUUUCGGCGAUGCAAAAUAUGUAUAAAGCCGGUCCCACACGACUCGUGGGUGCGCUGUAAAUGUGCAAAAUAUCGAACGGACUGUCAUUAUACGGAAUUAAUAAUAUUAUUUAUGAUCCUACCCGCCGUGGUAGAUAUCGUUCCCAUAGUUUCAGCAGUGACGUCAACUUAGAAACCGAAAUUUUUCGAGCGAUACAUAAAUAUAUCCUAUAUCGCCAGUAUCCUACCCUACGAGCCUUAACAAGCAGCUCGUAAAAUAAUUAUUAAUAAUCAAUUAUCUAAUAAGUUAUAACUAAUAAUGAAGAAAUAAGAAUCAUAUCUAUCACGAGAAUAAUUGGGUAAAAUAUUGCUUGUGUUUACAUUUUCAAUAUUCGCGGGUUUACCAAACGAUAUGAUCGGAAAAAAGUUGCAAUCCUAUCAAGCCGUAAAUGUUCAUACUACUAAAAAAAUAACAGUGACUGCUACUUCAUGUAUUUAGAAUGAUUAUUACUAAUUAAGAAUCUCUGUGAAAUAUAACUGCCACUUGACUUGUCAGAUAGUGUAAUUUCAUGUUACUGCUACUAAAAAAUAACAGCGACAACUAUUUCAUGUGUUAAAAUGAUUAUUGAUAUUUUAGAACCAUUGUGAAAUGUUCAAAAAUAUAUAGGAUAGAAUUACCAUACAGUAUAUUAACAUUGUAUGUUUGUACUUAUGUUGAAUUAGUUUACAUUAAAUUUGAAUAAAAAUAAAUAUACCCAUUAUAAAUUUCUACUUUCUAUUAGUGAUAGUAAACUAUGAUUUUUUCCAAUUUAACAAAUUUUCCAACUGUUAUAAGCAAUAUAACCUUCAAAUCAUCAAAAUUUAACUCUGCUAGUUGGGUCGACUCGACGAACAUACGCGAUUACGAUGCUCGUCAAGUACACGAGUCGUGUGGGACCGGCUUAAUACGUAACUUACGUGUUUUUUUUCGAGAGUAAAAAAUAAACCAGCUAUUUUCGUUGGUUACGUUAAAAGAUAUCAGAUUGACAUCUGACACAAAUAUUUUUUCGUUUGAUCAGUUGGACGUCUGGGAAAGAGGACACCAAGGAAAUCGGUUUUUUUAUAAUUUCGAUUUUUAAUAUGUUAAGAUACAAUAUUUGCAUACAAAUAAUAAAUAUUUAUAUUUUUUUUGUAUGUGUCUAUGUUUAGAAUUUAAACACUUACAUUAUUACCAGAAUGAAUACAAUGCAUUAAAAUAUUGUAAGUAAAUAAAUAAAUAGUUCACUAUUUUAAUUUACAUCUUUCAGUUAAAAAUUGAACUAUGUAUUACCUACAUAUAUUAUAUAUUAUAUUAUUAUUGUUUAGCUUAUUUUCCAAUGUUUAACGAAGUCUACAGUUUGUUUGAAGAGAGAGUUAUAAAUAUAGGUAAAUCAUUAUUAAUUAAAUAAUUUUUUUUGUAUUUAUAUUUCUUGAAUAUAAAUUAUGGUAUUUAUGGUUUAUCGAUUUCAACGGCAACCGGUCAAAAUAUCGUCGGAAAAAUAUCUCCGAUAAAAAUAUAUAUCCGAAUAAAAUUAUGAACAGUGUAGUUGUAACUAAACGAUUAUGUUUAUUUAUUGAUUUUAUAACUAAAUUAUUUUCUACUUCUGAGUUCUGAGAGAUUUUUUAAAAGGAGAAAUAUUUUUCGAAGAUAUAUUCUAUUGGAGAUAUUUUGACCUGGAAACAAUUUCAACUGGGAGGAUAAUUUGUAUUUCUUUUUUCCAAAAAGAUUUCUCAAAUAGUAAAACCCUUCGGUAUAAUGGAUUGCACAGUGAAGAAAUGUAUUCAUUUUAUGCGUGUUUAUAUAAAUUUUUUUUUUCUGCCUGUCGACAAUAUGUACUAGAAAUCUUAUUCCAAUCUUAAGUACAGCAUAUUUUGUAAAACAUAAUUGUGUAUAGUUUGAGCAAUGAAUAAGGUAGUUAUGGUAAGUUAGGUAGGUGAUUAUUUUCUUACUUAUUAGCAAAAAACGGGAAAUACGUAAAACAAAUGUAUACAAUUACUGUUUCGUUGUUUUAGAAUUUGUUUUUUUUUGCAACACAUUUCAAAAUAAUUUUACGAACCUGACCUUUUCCAUUUUUGAGCUAUUUCUAAAGUUUCUAAAUCGUCAAAUUUCUUUUGCUUUUAUGUGGAAAAUAUUGUUUUAGCUGAGCAGAAAUGUUUGAUUUUUUAACACGAGAUCUAUUAAAAAAUGUAGGUACUUAGUGGAAAAAAAAAGUUGAUCGUAAAGUUAUAGCUUUUUUAUCAUCGUUUUAAUUUCAAAUUUUAACCAAAAUCAUAAUAAUCGUAAUGAAAAAUGCAGAUAUUAAUUGAAAAAUAUUACGGCCUUUUUAUUUUCUGUGAACAACUUUUCUACCAGUAAUUUUUCUCCGAUUUACAAUGAUAGCACUUUUUCUGAGAAGAAAUCGGAUUCGGAUGGUACUUUUGGAUGAGUUUUCCUUAUUAAUGGGAAAAACGUGGAAAAACAUGGGAAAACCGGAAAAAAAAGUAAGAAAAUCAGGAAAAUAGGUACAAAAUAUUAAUCAAAUAUUAUUAAAGAAAAUAUACAAUGCAUAUAUAUUUAUUUUAAUAUUAUACGUUGCUAUAUAUAUUACUGACAAAGUAACACUUUUAACUGAAUUCCGCUCAGAAUCGUUUUUUUCGUUAGAAAUGAAUCGUUUCUUAAAGGCAUACAUUAAAUUUCUACUAUUUUCCAAACGUCUCACCUAUAAUAGCGACUACACCCGUCCCCAUUAUCCUAGGACAAUUUUUGUUUUUAAUCCCAUAGUAUUUUUUUUAUGUACAUACAUUAUGUUUAUUAAAAAGGGUUAAUUUGAAAUUAAUUAUGUUAAUUAAUCAAAUUGUAUUUUAUUAUAAUAUAAUGUAUUAUUAUUGAGGAUUUAUACCCACAUAGCAAAUUUACGUAUUAUUAAACUUAAAGAUAAGAAUAGAUAAUAUGUACUGUUAAUACUAUUUUUUAUCGAUAUUUUUAUUUUAAAGGAAAAUAUAAAUAUUAUUAAAUUGUAAUAUUUUACAUACUCAUAUCUCUCUUAAAAAUUAAAAUAUAAAAAAAAUACAAACGUUUUACAUAUAAUUUUUUAAUCUUCAAAUUUGAUAAUAACCAAUAUAAUUAAUAAGUAAGUCAAUUCACUCAAAUAUUAAACCUAACAGGAAACAGCACAAUGCUAUCCCUACUGAAUGUAAAUUUGCCAAUUGUAUGUUUGUAAGACGGAAACAACACAAACGAGUAUCACACCCUCUUAAAAAGUGGACAUUCCCAUAAAUGUAUUACAAUUAACUAUUUAUUUUAGGGCUAACUCCUAUGAUCGCAGAACUAUUUGGGUAUUGCAAAAUAAGUAAGAUUUUUUUUUUAAAUUUUAUUUAGUUAUAAUAUGUAACAACAGUUAUCAGAAAAAUAAGAGAUCAUUUUUGUUUUCAUUGGAACGUUUUUGAAUAUAAUUUUUUUGUUAGCAUUUAAAUUAUAUAACAUAGUAUAAGUAGGUAGGUGGUUAAUAAUAAAUAGGAUUGAAAAUUAGUGCUGAUAAAGCUAAGAGAGAUAAUAGAGAUGUUACUGGUACGGCUAUACAGAAGCCCUAACGUUUGAAAAAGUCAACUAAUCCUGAUAUCUAGGAGCUAUAUACUAAGCACAAAAAUAACUGGUCAAGAAAGAUAGUAUUGAGGAUAACCAAGUUCGAGAGAGCGUUAUUUGCUUUAAUCGAGUUCUUAAAGUCAACAUUAUUUUCAACGAAAGCAAGAUUAUACUAGGUGUACAGUAUGGAUUUGUAGGAAGGAGACACAUAUUAUGUAGAUAAAGAAAAAUACAAUUUUUAUUUUAUUAUUUUUUAAAAUUUUCAAAAUAGUGGUUUUAUAAAAGAUACUUUUCUAAAAAUUUUAAUUUAACAUAUUAUAUUCAUAUCAGAUCAAUAAUUUUUUAGUAAUAGCCGUUUUAAUUUUUAGAAAAUUAAUUGGUUUUACACAAAUUUUCUAUUAUUGAUCGGAUAUGAUUGUCGUAAAUGAUAUAAUAACCGUAUAAAUGUAUGUAGAAUAAUGUUAUUAUAUAAAGUUUAAUAAUUUGAAUUAGAAUAAGUUUUAAGAAACACAAUUAGAAAAAUAAUAAUUAAUGCUACAGCUAGUGAAGUGUAAAGACAAUAUGAUAAUAAUUAUUUAAAUUUGAAAAUUAAUAAAACACAUUAAGUCAUUUAAUUCAAGUUUUCGGGUACACAAUUUGUCAAGUAAUUUGUAAUUUUCUAAGUUGGUGUAACUGAUUAGGAUUUUGUUAUCUCCGGAUUCUUAUCUUCGAAAAAAAGAUUGCUGGAUGUCAUCAAAGAGAAUCUCAUUCGGUUGAGAGUGCAGGUAUGAAGAGGGAUGGUCCAAGAAUGAGAGAAGUAGAAAGAGAUAAUGAUGAUCAUCAAAACUCAUAUUGAAUUUCUGAGUGCCAAGAAAGAAGAAGAAAAAUGCGAUACCUAUACUUCAUUACCGAAAAAUAAAAAUAAAAUACUCGUAUAUUUGGUUAGAUUAAUGAACAAGAAAAAUUUAAAAUUAAUAUUUUAAAUUUUUCUUGUUCAUAAAAUUUAUAAAAACUAAAAAUGAAUUAAACCUGACCUUUUUUUUUAUAAAUAUUAAUUGAUUAAAAACGGUGUGCUUUUCCAGUUUAUCCAAUUUUUACUGACAAUUAUAGAACUUAUAGUGAUCGGAUAGUGAAUUACGGUAAGUUUUAAUGAUUCAUAGUUACUUUUAUAAACAUAUCCGAAUUUUAUCGAAGUGCAUCUAUUUACUGAUAAAUCUUUUAUAAGGCAGUAUACUGUCAUAUGUGAUGAUUAUGAUUAUAAUCAUUAUAUUAUAAUUAUAUAAUAUAAUAAUUUGAAAAGUAUUAAAUUUUUUUCGGAAUUCCCUUAUUGGAAAUUAUUCAAAAUACGUGUUUUUCUCAAAUUGUACAAAACUAUUAAAUUCAAUAAAUAGACGAAGUUUUAAUUGAAAUAAAUUAUAAUGAUAAAAUGUAUGCCUUAUUUUUAUCAAUCCGUUUACAACUCAUUUUAAUAUUUUAAGUUUUCUUAAGUUUGGUUAUAAGGUUAUAAGGAGAGAGUAAUAAAACAUAAUUCAGACUCUGCCACAAAAAUAAUACCUAUCUAUACCAAAAUUAUAAAAAAAAGUUUAUCUUAUGUCAACAGUUAAAAAUAAACUAAAAAAUGUCCAAUUGUACAAGAUAAAUGAACUCAAAGCAUUAGGUAAGUAAUUAAAAUGUUAUUCUGGUUAACAACCAGUUAUUCAUAAAUCGUAUUAUAUAAUGUUAUAAUUAUAUAAUUUUAUAUGUUAAAUACGAAUAUAUAAGAGGUGAAAAUACUUCGCAACACGGGUUGUAGGUGGUUAUAGUUCAUAAAGUAGGUUUAUAGGUUAUUAGUUAAAAAUAUUGCGGGCUUUUUUUUUCCUGUAGAAAAUUUUCCUACCAGAAAUUUUGCUCUUGUAUAUUGUUAUUUUUUGGUGACUUUUACUGGUCACUAUGUAACAUUUAGUCAUGCAUGUGUAUGUAUAAUAUACACAUACUCGUAUAAAUAGUGUUAUACUCAUAACAGAAAUAAUACAAUCUAAACUAAACCAUAUAAAUUGAGGCAUACACAUUAAUGCAAAUCACAUGCUAAAUUAUGGCACAAAAAAAAAAUUACAAUUUUUUAAUGAGGUCACCCUUUCAUUUGGACCGGUGACUUGUACAAGACUUGAGAAUCGAGUAGCGUGAACAGAGGGAGACGAUACGAGUUAUAUAUUCUCUUCAUUUGUUCAAAAAUACAACAAAUAUAAGUAUUUAUUUAGUAAUUUUAUCUUGAAAUAAUUUAUUGAAGUUGCAAGGAAAAAACAUGGUUUAUUGAAUAAAACUUGUCUUUUUUGGAUCCGGCUUUUAAAUUCUUAUUGCGAGUUAAAUACAACAAAAGAAGAUUCUAAUAUUUAUUUAUUUAUUUUAUGAAUCAUCAUAAUUAUUUAUAACAUCCCCUCACAUUACAAAUUUCUGAGUGCGCCACUAGAAAUUAAUGUGCUCAGAUUUUAUAAAUACAUAUUCAGCAAAAUAUGGAUGUUCUAACAGUAAAUAGUGUCGUUAUAAAGUUCUAUAACAACGCAAAAAAUGAUGUUGUGUAUAGAUUUUAUAAAUUUAUCAGUUAUUUCCUCCCAUGUUAUGAACUGCAACAAAUAUUCAAAUAUUUCAAACAAUUGGGAUAAAAAUAAUUUUGACCAACCAUGUGCCUUAAAACCAUAAGCCAUUCAUAGGUUUUUAUAUUAAUAAAUUAUUGAUUUAGGUUAUGAAACUAUGCCAGAAAACUCAUUUAACAAUUUUAUAAAAAGUAAGUUUGUUAAAAUAAUAUAAAUAUUAAUAACAUCAAAUAAAAUAUAUUAUUUUAAUUUACAUUAGUUAUAAAACUUCAAAGGUUAAUGUUGUUAUUUUAAUAUUAUAUUGUUUUGUUAAGAAAAAUUUUAAUUCGUUUGUAGAUAAAUUUUUUUUUGUGUAAAUUUCUGAUCCGAAAAGAUAUGUUAAGGUUAAAUAAUUAUUUUAUAAUAUUAUAUAGGUGAUUAUUUCUUAAACUCAAGACAAUAAUAUUAUCUAAUUACUUGUUUGUUUUUUAGAACUACCCCAUUUAUUUGAACCGUAUGAUGCUUAUAAAGUAAAACUAUUAAGUGAACGUAAGAUAUUUUAAUUUAAUGAUUUCAUUAUAAACUAUAAUAUAGUUGUAUAUGAUACGUAUAGUCUUUAACACUUUUUCGUAUAACCCGGACACCUUCGUGCGUAAUAUAUACCGACCGAGAUUAUGCACGGUUGCAUACGAAUUGCGGUCACGUGUUAAAAUGUCAAACUCAAUAUUGGAAUUAUUGGGUAAAACGUCAACCUAACUGACAUACACAUAGAAAACUCUGAUAUUUGCAUCGUCACAGAUCCAACCAAAUAUAGAAAAACUAGUUAGUGAAAAUAAUAUCAGUUCUCACACUAAUUAUAAAAUAAAUAAUUUGUAAUUCAAAAUUGAAAAAUGUUAACUUAUAUAUGUUUUAAUAAAAAUAAAAUUGAUUUUUUUUAAAAAUACAUUACUAUGAAUACGAUCCGCAAAAUUUAAAGAAAAUAAUAUGUGGUCCGCUACAUAAAGAGAUUGAAGACCUCUGCAUUAGAGUCCCUCUACCCAUUGAUCAAAUUUGAUAUUUAUGGUGAAUUUUUAAUCUCACGCAGGUCUUUAUCAAUCUUCGGAAUGGUUCUUUCUAACAUAAAUAACCGUACUAAAUGACACAUAUCGAUCUUAAUAUUUUGUUUUCAAAUUUAAUCAAUUUUCUUUAUUACCUUGAAUUUGACUUUUAAAAUUAAAAUUUCCUUUAUUAUUUCUAAGUUUUCAAAUUUAAGAAAGUUUUGAACGAGAUAGCUUAUCGUGAUAUUUUAAAAUAAAUAAACUUCAAAAUUAUAACGAACGAUACACAAAAUAUGGUAAUCCACAUUAAAAAUUAAACGUUUCUGUAAUGUUUCACAUUGAUAUCUUAAUAUUCCUACAUAUCAUUCCUAUUUAAAGGGUUAUUGAGUAAGUGAUGUAAUUAUUUUAUGGAAUUUUUUUAAAGUGUUAUCAUUUAUAAUAUAUGUUAUACUUUUUUUAUUAAUGUUAAUAGAUAUGACUUCCGAAGAGUUUUAUUCAUUUCAUAUAGGUACGUGAAUAUUUUUAACUUCAAUACAGAAUUAUCAAUUUACAUUCAACACCAUCCUUAGUUUUAUUGUAAAGUACUAAUGUUCGAAUGUGCACUGUGUGAGGAAAAAAUUUAUAAAUAAUUUGCAAAUAAUUCUUCAAAAAAACAAAAAUACAUUUGUGACUUAUUGAUUUACCUACUUAGUUAAUAAUUUAGAAUUGUCGAGUAUUUCUUUAAUAUGUGGAUAAUAUAUUAUGUUUUUGCUGCUUAAAAACACUCGAAAAUUUAAUACACGAUUCAUCACAGUUAUAUACCAGAAGAAAAAUACUAAAAGAAUACUGUACAUCAGUAUCGUGUAUCUACAAUUUGUAUGUAGGCUAUGUCAAUGUUAAGGCUUGCGGUUCAUUAAAAUGUCAGUUUAAUACCAGGUUAAUCGGUAUAUCAGUAGAUCGGUUUAUCAAAAAUAAAUAAGUAUAUCUAAUAACAAAAUAAAGUAAAAACUAAAUUAUUAAAAUGGUUAAUACUCGUAAAUAAAUAUAUAAAUAAAAAAUGCAUACAUAGAAAUAAAAAAUAAACGUAUUAAAGAAAAAAUAACACACAACUCACCAAAUAAUGUUGUUAAGUAUUGUAGUGUGGAAUUUAAAUAUCAAAAUAAUGUCUAACGAAUUCACUAAAAUUCUGAAUAAAUAAUACAAAUAAUGUAAAAAUUACUUUUAAGACUUAUAAUAAUUUCAUCAAACAUAUAAACAAUAGAACUAAAAACUUCGCAAAAAGAUUUCCUUUCUUUUGAAAAUGCUGGUAUAUAUAAACUUAAAUGUAACUGUAAUAAAUUGUAUAUAGGUAAGACGAAUAGAAAAUUUAAAAUAAGAUAUAAAGAACACAUUUCUGAAAUAAAAUUUAAAAAAGACUGCUCCGAAUUUAAAUUUCGCUAAACAUAUUUUAGAAAAUAACCAUAAUAUAAACUUUUAUAUUAAUACAGACUUAGGGAUAUUAAGUACUCAAAAUAACAAUUACAUUACUUCAGUUUUAAAAGAAUUACAUAAUAUAUACAAUGAAAUAAAGAAAAUAAUUUUAAUAAUAUUUGAAAUGUACAAACCGAUUUUAAAAAUAAUAUCUUAUACAUAAUAUGCGCAUAAUACACUUAUCAUAAUACUCCAGGCGACGUAUUCAUUAAUUAUUUUAUUUUUAUUUAUAUAUUUAUUUACUAUAUUUAAGUAUUUAUAGAGUAAUAACACCAGUUUAUGACACUCGUGGCUAUUUUAUUAUAUUUUAAGACCCCCUGAAUAGUUUUGAAUUAUGUUAAAAUAUAUAAUUGAUCAGGUUGAUGUAUUAUUAAAAAUGGUACCAACUUCAAUGUGAUCACAGUUUAUCAUUAAUUUGUAUGUUCAUUGUUAACAAAUAUUUUUUUAAAGAUAACAGUUUUUACUAACAAAAUAAGGCACAGACAAAUUUUCAUUGAUAGUGAUGCUUUGUCAACAAUAAAUAUGUCAUAUUUUAGUAAAAUAAUUAAUAAUAAAUAAUUACAUAUGCAUUCUUUAAUAAUAUUUAGUAUUUGUUUAAUAUUCUAUCUAUUUCCCCGUUUCUUUUUACCAUGUUUUUUCUAUUUGUUCAAAAAAUCCCUGAGAAAAUCAAAAAAUGACCUCUCUAAAGUACCACCCCACGUAAACGGGUAGAUUCUGCCCAGUAAAAGCAUUUGAAUAAAUUUAACCGAGACCGAAUGUAACAUUUUGGGCUCAAUCAAUAAAAUUCACUUUUAAUUUUUUUUUUUUUAUGACAUUUUUCAGGAUAUUUUCCAAGGUUCAAUGAAUCUAGAUUUUCAUAUGAACUACGAAUGGAGUCGUCAGGUAUCUAUUGUUCAUAAAUAUUUAAAAAUAAUAUAAGUACAUACUCGUAUACUUACGCUUUAAAAACAAUUAUUUUUAUUUGGUAUUUUUUUUUAUUUCGGCUGUAAUUUCUAUUAGGUUAUUUUACACAUAAAUAUAUUCGUAUUCAAAUAUUUAUUAUAUUCUCUACGAAAAUUAAAUACGAUAAAUUUAAAAAUCUCCAUGGGUGGCUGUUAACGAAGUGAAUGCUUUUUCAUAUUAUUAGAUAUAUGUUUAAAAAAAAAAAAGCUGAUACUGAGAACGGGCGCAGCCACUGUUGUAGGAGGGUAGUAAGGAAGAUACAUAGACUUAUUUAACGUUUUUCCCAUUUAUUAUGAAAACGGCUGGAAAAAUCAAAAAAAUGAGUAAUGAAAAAAUUCAUCCUUCCAGUCAGAUUUCCUUUUAGAAAAAUUGCUAUAGUGAUAAAUCGAAGCAAAAUUGGUGGUAGAAUUUGUGGACAAAGUAUAAAAAAAAAAAAAAAUAAUUAUCAUCGUAAAACAAAAACAUUCCUCGUUCCGCUCAGAACCUAAAAAUGACUCGAAAUUUAAUAAGUAAUUUAGAUACCUUUAUAAAAUUAUAUAUUUAUAAUACAUAAGGGGCACAAUCAUAUUCUAAAUAGUAGACUUACUCAGGGGCAUCUCACCUUUUUACUCUUGAAUACCACCGCUUUGGUUAACAAAAACUUAAAACCUUUAUAUUAGAUAUUAUUUCAACUUAAAUUAGCUUAGGAGACUACAAAUAUAUUCUACAAAUGCAGUAAAACAGUACAAUUUAAAUUAAAAUUAAUUUUUUUCACAUUAAAUUAAUGAUAAUAAAAAUAACAAGCAUUAUUAUAAUAAUAAUUAAUAAAAAUUAGAUGACCAAGUCCAAAAUACUUUUAUUUUAAGCAGCGUUUUGCAGGCGGUUUGGUCAACAAUAUUUUCUAUAUUAAUGUUUUCAUUUCGAUGAAUAUAGUGAAUAGGCAAAUAUAAGUUUCCAGUUCAAAUUUCAAGUUUCUACGAAUAUUUUUAACUGAAUUUCAACAAAAAACCAAAUUGAAAUAAAAACAUAAUUUUCAUAAAUUAUCCGGUUUUUCUUACGUUUUAUCCUGGGUUUUUCUGAUGUUAUGAAAAUUGCUUUGAAAAUCAAAACAUUACUUUCUUAAACUACCAUCUAGUCAAUAAGAUAAUAUUUUCUUUUAAAAUUAGUGCUACACUUACAUAUUGAUGCAAGAUUUUUGGUGGACAUUUUUGUCACAGUAUAAGAACAUCAUUGUAAAUCCAAUAGAUACAUUCUUUGCUAUACUCAGAAUCUAAAAUUUAAAUUAAUUUAAUCAUUUCCGAUUUUUAAUUUAAAAAUAUAUUAUUUUAUUAUAUCUUUGCAAAUUGUUUGUUUUCACUUAGUUAUUAUAUCUCCAUAUUUCCAUAACUCUAUCUCACCCUUGAGAGAAUAUUUAUUGAAAUUUAUAAAUGAGAAGUGUUUCAUUCUUGUUUCAAUUAAAGUAUUUCCAAGAUCCGGAAUCCGGAAUCAUCUUUAUGGCAUUUAGAAUCAGUUUCGUUUACACUUAUUUGUACUUAAAAAUUAUGGUUAUUUCGUACAACAAAAGAGAACAACACACGGCUUAUGGGGGGUGGGGGGGAGGCGACUAAGUUUAACGAAUAAUUUUACAUAAUUGUUAUUAUUUUUAGGAAUACCAUUUAUGCACAAGGCUGUGUUUAAUUUUUUUAAAAGAAGUAAGAAUUUGGUGUUUUUUUUUGUAGAAGUAAUUAUUAUGUAUAUAUUUCUAGGCAUAUUCAUAUAUGCUAAAUAUGUGGAAACUUAACUCUGCGUUGACAAGAACACAAUGCAAUUAAAUUACUAAAAAUAUUGAAUUAUAUUACAUAUUAUAUUUAAAAUAAAUUAAGAUAAUAAUACGUUUUUAAUCUUUCUAGUUUAUCCAAGAUUAUUAGAAACAACUUACGACAUUUAUAUAACAAGAAUAGAUACAUUUGGUGGGUAUUACGUCAUAAAUGCUCGUCGUAAUUACUAAAUAAUUUGUUACAUUAUAUUUAAUAAUAAUAUAAUCGAUUUCUAGUAAAUGAUCAACUCAGUAAAGCAGUGGAUAUUAACACUUUGAAUGAAUUAAGUAUGUAAAAAGUUACCAAUUCCGUGUAAACAGUGGUGUCGAAUCCUAUGUUAAGACCAGGUCUUACCCAACUUCUUUUAAAAAUUAAACAUAGGAUCGCUUAAUUUUUGGCCAAAGUUUGGUUAUCAAACCGAAUAUGGUUGGUUGUCAAACUUCAUUACAAAAAUAAAAACGUACACAUAAAUAUACAAUAUACAAUAUAACGUAUAUAUUUAGAUAUUGGGGCCUUUUAAAAUGCAUUAGAUACACCAGACUACAUUUUUAAGAUUUCAGUGCAACUGCGUGUAAAUGUGUAAUACAUAAUACAUAUAAUAUUACCUUUACUUAUAUUAUUCACAUCUUCGAACGUCCGAAUAAAUUUCUGUGUAAAUAUUAUGUUCACCAAUAUUGUUAAACGUUAUUAAUACGCAUUUACGCAUUAACUUUUAAUUUUUUCAGUAAUUAUUUUGUUGUUAAAUAAUAUACUUGAUGCUCAAAAAUUCAAAUACUAAAACUAGGGAAACUAGAUAGUUUAUCUAAAUCCUCUUAACAAAUUAUCUGUUAGUUUUUUUUAAAAAAAAAUGUUUGUACAUAUAAAGUAUUUUGUAUAAUAAAUCAUUAUUUUUAGGGACUCAUAUACUAAACAAACUCCAGUUCUCUAGUUUUUACCAUAGUAAGUGUUAUUUUAAUAUAUAUACAUAUUUGCACAAGAUGAUUUGUUUAUCAUGAAUCAGCAAUUUUCUUAGAGGAUUUUAAGUGAAUUUGAUUUCUGUUUUUUUUUUAAGCUUUAUUUUAAAACCAUUUUUAAUUUUUACCCCUACUACAUAUAUCUUGAAUAAGUGCAUACUUUUGAUUCUCAAAUCGGAACCCCCCUUUUGAACACAGAUUUGAAUAGAGAAUAUUUUUAAGGGUAAUAAAUUGCCUAUUACGUUAGUGCUCAAUUGUAAACUAUUAUUGAGUAAUUGUUAACUAACCUCACGGAAAUCCCGCAACAAUCUAAUCCCUAAUUGUAAACCGAAAACUUCAAACUAUAAAUAAAUGUAUAUGAAUGUAAAAGAUACGACACAAGAAAAAACCGUACUUUGUAUACUUUUUCAAAUACAUGUUUUUUAAUUUAAUAUGUUAACGAAGGCAAAACCGCCGAAACGUUACGUAACAUAACUUAAGAAACUUUAUUCAUUAGCAUUAAUUUGUAAUUGAUAUAAUAACUAAUGGCCGCUGCUGCCGAUUUUAAUGUAAAACUAAUAAAAAAAAAAAAUAAUAAUAAAAAAAUAAUCACUGGAUGAACUUUGAGGCCAAUGAUUAUUUUGUAUCGCUUGACAAAUAUUUAAAAAAUAAUCAUUUUUAGAUUUGCCGCGAUUCUUCGAAACACAUAAACAAUAUUUAACUAGGUUAGGACCAUUAGGUAAAUAAUAAAGUUAUUGUUUCUAAGCUCACUAAAUAUAACUAAAAUAUAACUAAUAACAAUUGUAUAUAUUUCAUGUUUCAAGUGAGUACUGAUGAAUCCCAAUUGAAUCGGAUUGUAAUUCCCCAAUAUAUGUUCAAUGAAAUACAAUCAUGUAGGUAUAUUAGUAUGUUUUUACUAAAAUAUUGUACCCUGCAGUGGGAUACAGACUGUAUAAUCACUAUGGUCUAAAAUAUCUUUUUUUGUAUUCAGUUUAUCUGCCAAAUUUUUUUAUAACAUACCAAGAGUAUACGUGGAUAUUAAGAGAAUCAGGUAUGUUCAUAUGCAAGUUUUGAAGAUCUUAUAAUCAGUUUUUUUAUUAUUUAAUUAAUUUUUCAGUCAAUAAUAAUAUAAGUACGAACAUACUGCGGCAAUGAUGGUUUGGAAAAUUUCUGAACCUGAAGGAUCGACUGAGUUUAGUUGAUAGUAUUGCUUUGUCAACAAUAUAUAAUAUUUCAUAUUAUAACAUAAAAUGAUUACAACAAUAUACGUUGACAAUAAUUAUUGUUUAAAAAAGAUUAAAAUCAUAAAAAAUAAAUAAUAACAAAAAAACUAAUAAAAACGGUUGCCCAUGACAACUUUAUUUAUAAUCUUUAAAUCUUUUUUAACAUAAAGAACCAGAUUUUUCUCAUUAUCUCAAAUAUCAAUGGUAAUUUCAAAAAAUUGAUCUCUAUAAAGCCUAUCCAGAGAAAAUUUCCUUUUAAAACAGGUGCUAUAUUUGAUAAUUGGAGUAAGCUUUCUGGUAGAAAAAGUGUUCACACAUAAAAAAAUAAACAUCUUUGUAAAACUAAUUCAUACUUCGCUAAUCUCAGAAUCUAAUACGAUACGUUGUAUUAUAAGUAAUAAUAAUAAUAAUAAUUAGGGCUCGGAUUUUAUAACAUUUGCUAAUUAUAAUAGGAUACGGAUAAAAAUAGGUUAAGUGAACUAUAAAUUUGUUUUAUAUACUAGGGAUUCCAAAUAUGUAAUUUUAUACUGCUUUUAUUUUUGCAUUUUUGAUGUAUUUUAGGUUUAUAGUGCUAUUUUUCAAGUUUUGGUGCUAUUUUUUGCUAAUUUGCACAAUGUAACGUUUUAUUUUGUAUUUUAAUAAAUCUAGUUUAUAUUAUGUGGUAUGAAAAAUAGAAAAAAGUUUGCCAUUUAUUUUAAUUAUAAUUUAUAAUAUAUUAUUUGAAUCCAUAUAAAAAAUACUUAUAUUUUCGUUCAUAUUAAAAUCUAUUUUUAUAUACUUCAGUGUAUUGGUUCUUGUCCGUGACAAUAAAACUAUCAUUCAUUUUCUGUACCGCUUAAAUAACUUUCUCUCAUAAUUUAACUUGAUUAUCUAUAUUAUCUAUUAUCAAAUUAUUCAACGAACAGCGAUUCAUUUGUAUAUAUACUUUGUUCAUUGGGUUAGAAAAGAUUAAAAGAUUAAAAAUAAGGUAACCAUUGACAACCGUUUUUAUUUAUUUUGUGUUAAUAUUAAGUUUUUAUUAUUUAAAUAUUUUUAAACAAUCAUUGUUGUUAUGGAAACGCACAUUGUUAUAAUCAUUUUAAUAUAAUAUUAUAUUCAAUUUUUAUUAUAUCAUAUUUUAUUAUAAUAUGAUAUAAAUAUGUUCUUAAUUUUUUUUUUAUUUGUAUCACCAAGGUAACCAAUCAACAAAAGUAAUUCGAUUUUCGAACCUACAAUACCAAUAAUCCAACGUCAACCUCCCUUCAGAAGUGUAAUUUUGAAAUAAAAAUAAUAUUAGAGCUUUCCUUGAUAAAUGAACUAUUAAACACAAAAAUAAUUUUUCGAUUUGAACCAGUAGUUCUUGAGAUUAGCGUGUUUAAUCAAAUUCUUCGGCUUUAUAAUAUUAGUAUGGAUUACGGUUUAAAUUUAAUAAGUAAAGAAAAAGGAAAAUUAUUUAAGUUGUUAUAAUUGUGACUACUAUUUUGGGCUGAUCCGAUGUAGUUAAAAUAAGUUAUUGAUAACAGACUAUUAUUACAAUUGCCGGAAUGGCCGAUGAUGGACACUGUUAAAUCCUCAUGUGAUGUCCAUCAAACUUUUUAAAUUUUAUUUUUAUGCUAAGUUAUUAUUAUUGUAUGAUUUUAGAAAUGUAUAAUGAACUCAAGAGUGUACAGAGUAUAAUAGAGAUGUAUUUGCCAAAAAUCAUGGGACGUAAGUAAUUUCAUAUAAUAGUAUCACUGUUAGUAUUGAGUAUGUUUGAGUAGUAUUAAAUGUACCGAUUUUCCCGUUUUUCCGUGAGUUUUCGUAUUUGUUGAGAAAACUCCUGGGAAAAUUGAAAAGAAACCUCUUUAAAAUACCUCCCCAUGUCGAUUUCCUUUCAGAAAAGAUGCUGCACUCCAUACAUCGGAGCAAGAAUUCUUUUCGAAAAGUUGUUGACAGACAAAAAAAUACACACAUUAUUGUAAAAUCAAUAUAGAUCCCUCACUACGCUGCGAAUCUUAAACUGUUAAAGGGAUUGUCUUUUUUAAAGCUUUUUAUGUUUUAGUAGUUAUAUAUAUAUAUAUAUAUAUAUAUAUUAGUUAACCAUUUUUGUUUUUGAAAUUUUUAAUGAAGUUUUUGUUUUCAGUAUACCCUGAGUUAUGCGAUCAAUUUACCACUUAUUUAGAUACCGUUGAAACUCGACUAAAUGAUUAUAGUAUGUUAUUUUGAAUACGUGUAAAAUAAUAAAAUUGUGUAAAGUAAUAAUAUUUUCGAUGCCAAUAUAUUGUCACAUUUUAAUAAUAACAUUGUUUGGGUAUAACUAUCAGUUCGUACAAGUUAUUUAAUAAAAUACUUACUGCGAAGUUUAAAAAUCUUAAACAUUUUCCAUAUAGAUAUCUAUUAUUUUUAUUUCUAUAUCUUUACACAAUGCACGUUUAGUUAAUUAUAAAUUAUUCUAAUUUUAAAUCUAGAACAUAUAAUAAAAAAAAAAAAAAAAUAUAUCGUAAUUCCUAAUCAGCUAUGUAUUUUAGAGUCUAUUGCGAUGAACAAAAAAGAGUUCGAUAUGUUUUUCACCGGUGAGUCCUUUAUUUAGUUGUAUAUCAAAUAUUAUUAAAACAUUGUUUAUACUAAACCCGUAUAUUACGUUUUCUAACUAAAUAUUGUUUUUACCUAAUAAACAUUUUAAACGGUUAAAAAACAUCAAACAUUUUUCUAAAUUCAAACACUAGCACUAGAUAGAUAGUUUGAGAAAUUUAAAUCAUAUCAAAAGGCUUAAAACGAUUUACCUAGUAAACAUAUUCACCUAAACGCGUUUUUUUAAACCUUACCAUUUAUUACUAGUUUUUGUUGGUACGCUGUACGGGCAAUUAUUGUUUUAAAAGUCAGGUCUCAAUUUAUUUUUUCAUAAUCUAUCAAAUACAUAUUUUAAAAUUAAAUGGUAAAGAAUAUUUAAUUCAACUUUAUUACGAUUACAUAAUUUUAUAUUAAAUUGGUUUACAAAAUGUCCACUAAACCAUUUUCAUAUCUAACCGAGGACUGGUAAAAAACAGCAUUGGAUGCUAAAUAAUUUUAGGGCAAUUAUUGGGACAAAUUGUAAUAAUAAAACAAAAUAUUUUUAAAAAGCUGAUAUAUUUUGUAGCAUGGGUGGCCCACCGUUGUAAGUUGGGAAUGUAAGAUAUACAUAUAUUUAAUGGUUAAAGUAUACAGAUAUACAGAAGCUAGAGGUAUAUAAUAAUAAUAAGGAAUAUAUUAAUAUAAUAAUAAAUAUAUUGAUAUGAUAUACUCGUACAAUGGUGUUACGAGGCGUAAUAUAAAUCAACGACGAACGAUAUACCAUAACAAAAAUACAUGUCUAUUCAGCAUCUGCUGUACCACAGUGUGAAUAGUUUACUUAUAAUCUACAUAACACAGGGUGUAUGGUUUAUAGUUUCAACAAUAUUUGUACGCAAUGAUAAAUCAGCGCAAAAAAAAAACGACUCUGAAUAAAGAUCGGUUCAGCACAUUUCGAUAAAUUUAAAUUUGUAUAUUAUUUUAUAAUUAAAAAAUAAUUACAAUUGUUUGUGUUUUUAAUAAAUUUUAACAUACAAUGUUGAAAAAAAAUAAUUUCAAAAUGUAUUGUCAUCAACAAAAAAAAACAUGAAAAUUUCAAAAAGUGUAGAAAUAUUUUGAAAAUAACAUCACGUCUAGAAAGUGCUAAUAUAUUAGGUAUUAUAAAACAAUCAAUGAUAAUGAAUUUUUGUAAGCGGUAGUUUAAUAUAUGACGUUUAGAAUUUUGUGCACAAAAGAACAGUGGCGUUGAUGAGGAUGUGAAACGUCCUUUGGUUUAAUUGUGAUAGGAUAAAGUGGAGAGAAGCGUCAAAUAUUUUAUGUUUCAAGAGAAUUCCAAUGAAACUUAAGGUUAACUUCUACUAAACCGUGGUGAGAUUGACUAGGUUGUAUGGUUUGAAGUUUUGGGCAGUACACAGACAAAUUGAACUUAGAAUAGGUGUAGGAAAGAUGAGAAAGCUUAGAUAGAUGAGUGAAAUGACCAAAGAAGAUAGUAUAAGGAAUGAGUGCAUAAGAGGCAACUUAGACGUGGCAUAGAUAGUAGACGAAAUUAGAGAAAAUAGACAGAGAUACUUUAAGUAUGUAAUGAGACGUUGUUUUUUGUUUGCAAUGAUUUAUCGUUGUACUCGAUAUUUAAAUUAAAUCGCACUGUAUUUCCUUACUUUCCAUUUACGUAUCAGUGAAACCCGAAAUGGUGCAAAAUAUGGCCGGCUUUUUCAGCUCAUUUUUUUUUUUUUUUUAUUAUUUUUAGUUUUUCCAAGACCAUAUGAAUCUUACUCCAUUUAUAAGAAAAGAGUGAUCAGUAAGUUAUUUACAAUAUGACUAUUUUAAAAGCAACAUAACCAUAUUAUUUAAACAAAAGGAUACAUUAUAACUUUGAAUCAAAGCAUAUUUCAAGAGAUUUGCAUUGAUUAACACUAUCACUAUAUAAAUAUAUAAAGACCAAGACUAUAUUUAGUAAAUUUCCACCGAAAAAAGCUCAUCAUCUGUUACACACCUGUCAAACAAAAACUCAAAAUAAUAAAUAUGGAUUUUUUAUUAAUUCUAUAUAAAAAUAAAGGAAGGCGUAUAAUUAUAAAAUAUUAAAUAAUAUUAAAUAUAAAUAAUAAACGUAUUUUAAUUUUAAUAACCAGUGUCAAAAAUAAUGUAGGUAUUUAUAAUAUAUAUAGUUUUCUAUAGUUAUUAAUUAUAAAACCAUGCAAUCAAUAAAAAUGAUGUUCAAAUGAUGUUUUGCAUUUACCAAAACCAAACAAUGUAUUAUUUCUUUGUGUGUUACAUAAUUACGUUGGUUUCACAGUGAUUAUUAAGAACCGUUAGUUCAUUUUAUUUUUGGUUCUAAAGUUUCGAGUUUCUUAAGUAACUUAUUAUGUGUUUAAAUGUAGAAAAUGGCCUUUCAGGUUCAUAAUAUGAGACAAAGAGUGUGACCAGAAUUUGCAAGAGUUUAGAAAUUGGUUUGGAAAUAAAUCAGUGAUUGUAGAUUAAUCCAAUCAUGAUUUCGAUGGCAUUUUUUGUUUAAUAUUACUAUCAUCUGAAUAAAACUUCUGAUUUCAACUGAUCUAAAUUAUCAAUGAUGAACCAUCAGAUGGUAUUAAGUUUUAAAAUAAUCAAAGUUUGCAACUAUACCAUUUGCUUAUUUAUUCCUAUCUUGGCAUUAAAUCUAACAGAGUGUUAUACACAUUUUCGUCAUGUUAUUGCAUCGAAAUUUUUAAAUGCUUUUUUGCUUAUUUCAAUAGUUUUUUUAAAACAAAUAUUUUUUACAAGUUAUUUUGCUUUUUUAAAAACAUUUUAAAAUUAUUAUUUCAGGGUAUAUAAUAAAGCCCUGUUUUUUUUAUCACUUUUUUGUCAAUAUUGAGUACUAUAAGUCCUGAACUUCUGAAAAUGACUAGCAUUCUUAAGAGAACGUGUUACUAAACAAUACGUAAAUAAUAGUUAAAAUUGAUCAGGUACCUAUUAUUAGAUAGUUUUAUAAAAUACAUUUUUAUAACCGAUAUAAUUUAAUAAAUAUUUGAGACUGAAAAUUGCUCGGCUGAAAAAACAAAAUUGUUAAAAGAUAAAAAAAAAACAAGAUUUAAAAACAAGAUAAUUCUAUGUAAAACAGAACGUAUAGUUACCCUACUAUACAAUAAUACAGACUUUCAAAUGUUAUGUUACAGUCAAAUUUUUCAUAAAUACUUAUUUCUUCAAAAAAUAACUUAUAUAAAAUUUUUUUUUGGAACCACAUAUUCUAAAAUGCUAUAUUUCCAUUAUAUUUAGAGGAGGUGAAACCAUUACCCAGUUUUGACAUUCAAAUAGUAAGCUAUAAGAAAAACAUUGAAUAAAUAUAUAAGGUUAAAGUUUAAACACAUAUUGAUUAUUAAUGUUGAACAUACGUAUUAACUUCCAUCAAUCGGCCGUUGACGAUAUGUUACACUUUUAGUUUAUGUAGGGGAAAGUAGUGGAAACUAUUCAAACGCCACGCUCAGUGCCUCCACACAAAUUAUGCUACACCACUUUUUGAGUUGACGGAUAUUAAAAUACACCAAAAUGUAUUUAAACUAAAACUUCAUCUAUUUAUGGAGUUUUUAACAUAGGUUGCUAUUUGUAAGUUAAAAGUUGGAAGUAAAAAAUAAAGGUAAUGUAACAUAUAAGAAUACAUGAUUCUAUAAGUUUUUACAUAAAUUAUUUUUUGAAAAACAAAAGUAUUUCAUGGAAAAUUUGACUGUAACGUAAAAUUCGGAAAACCCUUUACAGCAUAAUAGUAGUUGUAAUAUUAUUAUGUAUAUGUUGUGUAGCACCACAAAACAAUAAUCAUUUGACUGAAAACGAUUUCGUAUCUUAUCGGCGCAGUAAGUUUUUUUUUUUUUAAUGUACGCAUCUUCAUAACCAUUCAACUUAACAUACAAUAUUGCUUUUAUAUAAUAUGCCAUUUUCAGAUAAUAACUAUAAUUUUUUUUUUUGAAAUGUUAUCAUUUUUAUUUUGCAAAAAUUAUUUUAAAAUAUGUAUUUCGGUUUAAUAAAUAUAUAUAUACAAUACAUACAUUAUUAAAUAGCGUAAGUGCGUAAGUACCACGGUCAUCUGGAUUCUAAAUAAAUGGUAGAUGACUAUUACCUGUGAUCGGUUAAACUGGUUUUGUCUUCAAUCGUCGGAAUAUCGAUUUAUAAAAAAUAAUAUACCAUUAUUGUCUUCUUGAUUUCUUCAACGAAGAAAAAAAGCACCAGUUCAACGAGAAAAAUAAAAUAAAAAAGUGCUGAUACUGAAUACGGAUGUGCCACUCGUGUAGGUGGAAAACAGAGAAGAUAAGAUAUAGGAAGGUCUCUUAUUAUUGUUCUUCGAUUAGAGCAAUACUUCUGAUUGAAACCACCAUAAGCCGUAAAAAUUAAAAAAUUUUAGAAUCUUAAGGCCGUAAAUUUUCCCAGUUUUCCUAUGUUUUUCCCGGUUUUUUACAUUUGUUUGGAAAACUCUUAAGAAAAUUAAAAAAUUACCUCUUUAAAGUACCUCCCUAAUGAAAUUUUCAUUUAACAAUUUUGCUAUCAUUAUAAGUUGAAGUAAAAUUGCUGGUAGAAAAGUUGUGCUCAAGAAAAAAAAAUCGUAAUAUUUUAGUAAUAUAUUUCGUACAUUUUCCCGUUGUUUUUUUUCGGUUUUUCAAAUUUGAUGAGAAAAGUAUUGAGAAAAUCGAAAAAUGAUCUGUUUAAAGUAACUACUCAUACCGAUUUUCUUUGAGAAAAGGCACUACACUUAAAAAUCUGACCACGUAUUCUGGUAGAAAAAAUGUGCACAGAUAUAAAAAAAUAAACAUCUUUGUAAAACUAUAAGUUUCUACUCUCCACUUAGAAUCUAAAAUGCAAAAUCGUAAAAUUAUGAUGGCUUAAAUAUCUGUUCGUAUAUUCCUACAAUUUUCUCGGUUUUUUCAAAUUAUUAUGAAAACUGCUUUGAAAAUUAAAAAAUGACUUCCUUAAAGUACUAACUAGAUAAAAUUUCCUUUCGGAAAAGGGGCUAUACUUGAUACAUCGGAGCAAGAUUUCUAGUAGAAAUUGUGUACUCAAUAUAAAAAGAAAAUAGCUGUCCUAGGAUAAUAAGGACAGGUGCAGCCACUGAUAUAGGUCAGGAGUUAGGAAGGUAAAAGAGGGGAAAUUUAAUAUACAUCUCUAAACAACGAUAAACCAUUGCUAAAGAAGAAAUGAUUCUAAGCGGAGUUUGGUUAGGUUAGGUUAGUGUUACUUUGGCAGCAAUACCUAUAUAUGUUAUAUUAGGGUAAAAUAAUUAUAUUAGUAAAUAUGCAUUAGGUGUAUACCUAUUUUAUUUACUAAUAUUUAUUUAUUAUUGUACCGAUUUUCCCGUUUUUUUUCCCAGUUUUCCAAUAUAUUGAGAAAAAUCGUGAGAAAAUCAAAAAUGACCUCCCUAAAGUACCUUCCCAGUCAGAUUUACUUUUAGAAAAAAUGUUAUCAUUGUAAAUUGGAGGAAAAUUUCUGGUAGAAAAGUUGUCCACAGAAAAAAAAUUAAACAUAAUAAAAUUGUAAACCAACACAUUCCUCGCUCCACUCAGAAUCUAAACAACAUCACUGUAAAACCAAUAUAUUCCUCGCCGAAUUUAAAAUAAAAUGUCUAGAAUUAAUGAAAUAAAUUUUCCUGUAUGAAUUUUUGUCGAAUUUUCUUCGAGAAUAGAUUUUGUUAUUAUAGUCAGUCUAAUAUUUCAGCUUUUUCUCAUUACUACUUUCGAUACUUCUAUAGCAGCUUUCUCUGAAUCAGACAAGCUCAAACUUGGUAAUUAAAGUUUUUGCUUAUGGAUUGAAAUGAUUAAAGUUGUAUUAGAUUUUAUUAUGUAUAUUUACGAGAGGAGGGACAUUUGAAGGCUGUUUUUAAGUUUUAUUUAACCCUUACACUCUUCUAAAUAAAAAUAGGGGAAUAAAAAUUUUAAUUUUGAAUUUUGCAGUAUAUCCAAAAUUAUCCGAGACGUACUUAGAUUACGUAAACAGACUAAACAAAUAUGGUAAGUUUUUAUACAUAAGUUAUUCACAUAGAUCGAAUGAUGUUAAAAAAUCACACAGGAACAAAUCUAAAUUUAACAAUGCUGUUUUUGUAUCAAAACUAACAAUUUCCAUUUUAUCAUUUAAAUUUCUGAUACUGAAUCCUAUUUAGCUUAUGUCAAAAAUCAUAUAAUAUGAAAACUCACAUAUUUUAUUCCAACUUUAAUAAAAAAUAAAUCUUAACUUUUGAUGGUAAUUUUAAAUUUGUUAGAUUAUUAAAUGCGUUUGUUGUACAGGAAAACCCUGUCCCAUUUUUUUUCAAUUUCUGAACAUGUGAUUUUUAAAAUAUGUGAAUUUUGAUUCUAGCCUACUCAAUUAUUAUUAGCAGAGUUUGGGACUUAUAGCAAUUAAAACCCUCAAAAAGCCCUUAUAAACGUCAAAAAAGCACUUUAAAAUUAUUUCAAUUGUUGAGCAAUUGGUAGAAGAGUUUAAAAGUUUCUCCUUAGAUGGCUCUACUUCUUAAAUACUAUUCUCUAACACUACAAAAAUGAUAAACUUAAAGUGAUUUUUUUUUUUAAGACUUAAGUACUAUUUAUUCAAACAAAAAUUACUUUGUAUUGUUUUGUAAGUAGUAUAUGUUGUAUUUAUAACAUAGAAAAAUGUAAUUUAUUAAGUUAUAAUCAUGGGAAGGAAUAAUUUAAGCCCCUCUACCGUUUUUCUUUUUUAAUUUUUUUUUUUUAAUUGAUUUCAGUGAUUCUUGGGAAUAUUUAAGUGCUAUAAGUCUCGAGUCCUGAUUAGUAAUACUAUAAUAGUUUUAUAAUAAAUAGUAUACUAAUAGAUGUAGGUUGAUGUAAGGAUAAUCGUUUGACUUUAAAAUACAAAAAAAUAUGAGUUAUUUAAUAUCGACAUACAUAUAUUUCAGCUAAGUUACGAGGAAAACCUUGAUGUAUUGAUUAGAAAUAGACUUUUUUUUAGGAUCUGACUUUUAAAUUAACAAUUAUCAUAGUCGAGUUAGGUAGAGAAGAGGAUUUAACGAUUUAUUCUUGAUUAUUUGCUACACCCGUUAACAUUGAAAGUUUUCCCAUUUUUAAAUUGUAUAGCUUCCCGUUUUUCUUAAGUUUUUCCGGUUUUUCAUAUUUAUUGGAAAAACUCCUAGGAAAAUCUAAUAAUGACCUCUUUAAAAUACCUUCCCAGCCCAUUAAAAUUUUCUUUCAGAAAAGGAUCUACAUCGUAUACAUCGGAAUAAGCAUUCUGGUAGAAAAAAUGUUCACAUAAAAAAAAAUAAAAAAAAAAAUAAACAUCUUCGUAAAACCAUUAUCUUUUUUGCUCUACUCAGAAUCUAAAAUGAUUGGUUCAAACAACGGAUUUCCGACGUUUUAUGCAUCCCAAUUAAAAACGUUUUGUAGCAGUGUGAAACAUACUAUACGCUAUAACGUAGAUACUAGACACUACAUUUUAAAUUUUAUGUCUGUAUAAUAAUAAUAAUAUUAUAUACGUGCAAAACACAUAACGUAGUUAUAGAUUUUACAACACUAAUAUCUUAACUAGUUGAAAGGUAAAAAUAUUGUAUUCGAUAUUUCUAACUGUUCGCAAUGAUAUUUUAGAUAAAAAGCCAUUCAGCGAGGACGCGUUUAAGUUUUUAAAGGCCAGUAAGUAAUGUGUGAUUCUUAUAUCAUAAUAUGACUCGUGUCCCAUUUUUUUUCAAAAUCAGUUUAAGUUCUAGUCACGAAUGUCAAGUGAAAUAAAUGGGUCCACCUCAGUUACCCCUAACCCUGCAAUUACACUGAGAACAAAACGCUUUUCGUAUUAGAAAGAAAACAAAUUGAUGUUUGAAACUUGAUCGUGAUUGUUAUUGUACCUAUGUUUAAAAGUCGUUAAACGACCAUGGCGAAACGUCCGACGCCAAAUACAUAGAUAGGUACCUAAUUUUAUGUCUAAGAAACUGAAUUCAUAUUUCAUUAUUUAUGUUUGUUUCAGUUUUUCCAAAUGGAACCGAAGAUAUAAAUAAUUAUCUUAAACGUGACAUUUAUGAUCGUAUGUAAUCAUUUUAUUUUACUGUUAUAUCUUUUUCGGUAUAGGUGUCUAUAUACAUACGUUUUAUAAAUAGACCUACCCUAUACAGGUUUCGAUCGUAAUUUAGACGAGCAGAAUUGCCUUACACAGACUCUGGGUAAAUAUUAUAUUAUGACGUGCCUACCUCUGUGUAAAUCGGAGAGGAAGGAUAUUUUAUAAUAUUGAUUACAGUAGCUACCUAUAUGUACCUACAAAUACAAUUAUUUUAAACAUCGUAUUCUUCAAAUAUUUUUUUAAAAUAAACGCUUUAACCAAGCAAAACUACAUGGUAUUUUGCAAUAUUUGAUCAUUGAUAAAAAUAUGUAAGUGCCUAUAGGUGAAUUUAAUUCACCGUUUUGUUUAAUAAUCAUAAUACGAAAAGUAACAUAGAAAAACAUCCACAAACUAAAAUAGCAUGGAAAUAAAAAAAUGUAAAUAGUGUUGCUGAAUAUUGAAAUACGUAUACUUUACAAUUCGUUUUUUAAUUUGUAACUCUUUCGAUGUACACAUGCGCAACACAAAUAAUUUAGUACUUUUUUUUUAAUAGCAACACCUAUUUUUGACAUGAGAUUCGAAUUUUUUCAAACAACUUUGAUCAAUACAAUUAUUAUUUAUCUCAACAAUUUUCUGAGGUACAGCCAUAUAAUAGUUAUAAAAUAUGAUUUUUUGAAAAAUGUAUUGAAAAAAUUAUAUUUUUUAACCAACCUCAGAUGGCUGUAUUGCCUGUAUCUCGAGUAACUUAUGACAUAAAAAAAAUAUUAUUGAUUAAAGUUGCUUGACAAAAAUAGAACUUCGAAUCUAAUGCCAAAAUAGAUGUUGUUAUUCGAAAAAAUGCAUAUAAUAUUUUGUUCAAUAUUGAGCAUGCGAGUACUUAAAGUCUUAAAGUGUGUAAUUCAGUGGUCCUUGUCAUCUCCCAAAUACACUAAAUAUCUGUAUAGUUAAAAUGUUUUUUUCAAUAAUAAAUAUUAAAGUAAUAUAGAAAAGUAUGGAACGCCAUAUUUCUUUAAUUUAAUCACACCCACUCAACAUUUUCCGGACCGACGACUCAUAUGACUAUACAAAGUUAUACAUAAUACAUCAUAAUGGUAAUAGUCAGGGGACCACAGAUACUACGAGUACGAUACCACUGUCUGUAUUUUUUUAUAUUUUUUUUUCAUAAUACUUUCGUGUUUGAUGUUUGUAUGUCAUUUUACUAAGACUAAUAAGUGGUUAAUAUAUAUAUAUUUAUAUUAUCAUAUUUUUACCUGUACCUGAUUAAAGAAAAUAAUGUUAAAAUACAAACAUGCAAUUUUGAUUCAUUCCCGUCCCACCCGUUGAGAGGUCUUAAUUAUGCCACUGACAGGUAUCAACACAGAUAUCUAAUUUAUAAAAUAAAUAUUAAAAUAUUUAAGGGUCGGUUAGGUUAUGUAUCUUGUAUACUCACUUAUAUCCGUAUAAUAAUGAUUUUGUAUUGUAUUAUACUUAGGAGUGAAAUUUAUGACUGAGGAAGAAUUUAUGGAGUUUAAUAAUAGUAAGCUAGAAUAAUACAAUAGUACUUAUGGCACUUAAAUAAUAACUCGAAUAAUAAUCAUAUUUUGUCCAUCUGGUUGUUUUUUUUUCCAAAAGUAGACUAUUUUACUAUGUCAUACAUAUUUUUCCCUGCAGCAUUUGAGUAUUUUUAGCGAAUCCUUCUAGACUAAAUGAGCUCAAAUUCGGGAAUGAGAGGUUUUUUGUUGACAAAUUGAAGUGAUACCAUUGAGUGAUACACCCUGUUGUGGGAGAAGAGUGCUUUUAUAGCUUUGUACACCCCUAAAGACCUCCCAAAUGCAAUCAGUGUGAUGGAAUUUUGUAUAUAUAUUCAUGGUGGAAGUAUCAUAGAUGUACCUUUAGGGGAAUCCAACUUUUAAACACUUCCCCAACUAAUUGUAUGCUCAAAUGUCAUGAUUUCAUAGAAAAAUCGGAUUUUAAAUACCCUUAUCGACUAAAACUUAAUAAAAUUCUAGUAACCAUAAUUACUAUACCUAACUAUACAAAAAAAUAAAACAAAACAAAAAAAGAACUGAUAGGUAUGCUACUGUUGUAAGUGGGAAGUUAGGAAGGUAGUAAACACAAAAUUCUUUAAUUUAUAUUUGCAAGCAACGAUGAACCAUUGUUAACGAAAUUUGAUUCUGAACAAAGUUCAGUUUAUACCUGUUUAGGUGUUAAUACCGUAAUAUUUACGAUUUUCGUCAAAAUAUGAUUUUAAAACAUUUUUAAAAAAAAAAAAACCUACAUUACGCUCAACUUUUUUUUUUACCACUAGCUAGGUUAAACUUAUAAUGAAUUUCGAAUAAAAUUUGCAUGCAUUUGUUUAAUCAGAUUAUUUUAUUCACAAAAUACCUACAAAAUUAAUUUAAAAAACUCGCCAAUAUAAAAUGCUUAUAAAUACUCGUAGCUCAAAAUGUUACCAUGUCUAGAAAAUCAUAAUAUAAUCACUCUGUUCAACUCUCUGUGAAAAUUGUUCGUUACGUUCAGAAUUUGAAACUAUGAAGUGUUGUUGAGGCAACUAGUCGGUUGGGAGAAAAUUCAGCUCUAUAUUGACAGAGCUCUGCUGCUCUCGGGUGUUCAUUUUAAUUAUAUGUACCUAUGUGUUGUUAUUUGCUUAGUACUCAGAAAAACAGCGAUCUGGUGUGACGAGGUCGGAAUGCAAAACUCAUUAAUAAAGGAAUAACCUUUUUUUUAAGGCCGAGGACGAGGUGGAAAGGCAUAUCUAGUAAAAAGAAUAUGGAAGCUUUGGUAGGGGGACAAAAAGAGAUGAUUUAGAAGUAUGAUAGAGAUGGCUGUAUUGGUUAUGAGAUGGGAUGAUCUUAGAGACUUAUUAACCACUCUCGUACCAAAAAUGAUAAUAUACCUUUAAUAUUAAUUUUCUGAAAUCAAUAUAUUGAAGUUAUUAAUCUAAACGUAGCUAUAUCAAGAUUCCAUUAUAACGUAUAAUAAUAUUUCAUUCAAUUAUUAUUGUAUUUUAAUGUAAUUUUUAUUUUAUCAGUUUAUCCAAAACAAGACGAACAUCUACACGAUUACUAUUUAAGAAUGAAUAGUAAGCUACUUUAUUUUACGUAACUUAUUUUUAACGUCAAAUUGAACCAAACCGAACUUUCCUUAAUAUUAACUAACCCGAACCAAACCGAAUUUACACAUUUUUAUUCGAACCCUAACCGAAAAUUUAAAAUAAUUUAUCGAACUCGAACAUUAGAAAAGUAAAAAAGUUAGGUUAGGUUAAACCAACUUUUGCGACCAUUACAAAUUUACGAUUAUGAGACUAAUGCGAAAAAAUAGAAUUUUUCUUUUUCGUAACAAGGCUUCUCUGUUCCACCACAUCAUAUUGGUAACGCGCAGAAUCGGCAUCGAAUGAUUUUCGAAUCGAACCAUUAGGUAUUUGGUUCGGAUCGAUUAUUUAUAAUUUUCAGUUCGGUUCGGUUCGGUACAAAAAUCGAACAGUUCGUCACAUCUAAAAAAAAGCCAAUUUUUUUUUAAAUCAACAGUUUCCUUGUAACUAGACUGAAAUAUAUGUACAUUUCAUGAUCAAAUUAUUCUUCACAAUCAUCGACUGUAUUUGCUAUAAAUUCACAAGUCUGAUUAUUAUAAGUUAGGUUAUCGACUAAAAUGUGAUUUGUAAGUAGUACCAUUGAUUAUAAUUAUUAUAAUCAUUGGUAGUACCUAGGUACCGAAAACCGUGGUCACUCGGGUCGCUAGGGUGAUUAGAAUCGAAAAUUAUCUUUUUUCGUUAUCAGUCUCUGUACCUAGAGGUAGGCAGGUAAAUAAUGACAUUUUUGGGUUCAGUUUAAACGGGAGCGUAUAAAACAACCGAAAAUAAAUCAGCCGAACCGUAUUUAAUCCAAAAAAUAUUUGAGCCGAUAGUAUUAAUCCGAAAAUAUUACAUUCCACUGUAAUAAAAAGAUAAUGUCACAUCUUCCAAAAACGAUAACGCGUGAUGAGAAAUAAAUAUAAAGGAGAGAAAUUCUGUACAUAUUAUUUAAAAUGAAAAACAAUCUAUAGUUAACCAGAUGUCCCAAGUAACCCACUUCUACGUUUUUUUAAAAUUUUUAAUCAAUGAAGUUAAUUGGAAAAUAUAUUGGUUUAAUUUUGAUAAUGAAUCCAACAUGUGUAAGUGGAUGUUUAUCUACACUUAAAUAAUUUAAAUGCUUACAAAUGGUUGAAAUUAAAAAUAAUAAUUUUAAACAUAAUUAAAUAAUAUAUAUUUUUAUCAUAGAACAUAUUCAAAAUCUUUUCGUUUUAUAAUUUUUUGUUUGUUCAAAAUUGUGUCGGAAUUAUUACUCAAAAUGUGUACGUUCUUUCAAAUUUUUAUUCAAGAUAUCGAAAUUCAAACUUCCAAGUUUUAUAAUUCAACAUUUUCUGAUUAAAAACAAUGAUAAGAAGUUAACAAGUUGAUAAUUAGUAGAGUUUCGGGCGAUUCGUUUGAAAUUCAUUCGGUUGUUUUAUUUUCAGCCGAAAUAUUUUUCUGCUUAAAUAUUUUCUGAUAUCACGGUCGGUCGAAAUAUUUUCGGCUAAAAUACGGUUCGGCUGGUUUUAUAGCCCCCCAGUUUAGACCAGUUGAAUCUAUAAAUUAAGAUGUACGAAUUAAAUACAUCUUCAUUCGUGGUUGAAUCUAAUAAGAAUGUGAUCUGCUUGAUUAAAUCGAUCAAACGUAGUUAAUUCUUAGCUCAUAGAUCAUAAAGAUCAUAUUGUAUGAUAGGUUACUUAUGCCGAUUUUCUUAUCAACCAGAUAGCAUCAAAAUCGUUAUCAUGGUAAAACGUAUUUUUUUUAUCCUGCUCUAACUUCCUUUGGAAAAAAGACGGCAACUACCUAAAUAUCCAUAUAAGUAACAUUUUAAAUUUCACUUAUCUUUUCAAGCGACAAGACCUAUCGUUUAAUAUCGUUUUUAAGAUUAGGUUUUAGGUAUAUGCUAAAAAUUGUAAGCAUGGUAGUGGUUAAUAGCAAACAAUUAUUUCAUCCAUGUUUUUUGGGGGUAAUUUGGCCAUUAGGAUCAGAAUCUUUUAUUUGUUUAUUUUAUUCGUCUUACGCGCAGCGCCGCAGCUGUCCGUUCGAAUAGAUAUAGGUAAUACGAAUAUUGCAAUUGGAAUAAUUGAAUACUAAACAUUUGAACAUAAUAUUAGGUAAGCACCUAAGAAUAAUGAAAAACAAAAAAAUAGUUUUUCCUUUUUUUUUUAGAACGAAUCCAUAACAUAAUUUCUGGAUCCCCGUGGGGUUAGGCAUCAACAGCAUAGUGUUAAAGAAUGAGGAAAUUGGUUGUCAAUAGCUGCAAGUGGAAAAUCGAUUAUGUUCAGCGUCUACCAAAGAUAUAAUACAAAUUGCCAACGAAACCUAAGUUUCGUACCGAAAAAAAAUAGAAGUUUGUUCACUCUUCGUCUUACCUAUGUUUAUAAGUCGAACAUAUUUGAAUAGGUACCUAUUCCUCAAUUCUAAUUGAGAAGACUACUAAACUAAUAUCAAAUUCAGGACGGUUUAAAUACCGUUUGGAUAAAGAAGGAACUAAGAUACAAUUUUAAAAUUAAUCUGCCAGGAUACGUUUAAGUACCUAUAAAGGUUUUUUUUUUUAAUCAUGUAUUAUAAAUACAACGUAUGAUGAACACCUAGGUAGGUACCUAUAUUAAAUAUUACACACAAAUGUUUUAUAAAAGUUGUCUUUUUAAACACUUAUAUAUAUACUUUCUGACCCUGAUUACCUAUAAGAAGACUAGAAGAGUUUAAAUGGAUUUUACUUUGAUAUAAAUAACUAUUGUAUUUUAUUCACGCUAUAAAUGAGGCAAAUGUAGUCACAACUUAAACAAUUUUAAAAAAUUUAGAAUGAUUAAACAAAUUUAAAUGAUACAAAUAGAUACAAUUAACAUCACAUAAACUAGGUAUCGAUAGGUACUUUAAUUUUAUUUUUUUAAACUAUAGUUAUAGUCAAGAAAACUUCUAAAAUUGACCCAAGUAUUUUACGGUAUUAUUACUAGGUAUAGGUACUAACCUAGCUGUAGUCUGUAGUCUUAUAAAGAUAUAUAUCUUGUAAGUAGUGUAUGGUAGGUACUAAUUACAAUCACAAUUUAUUAUUAGAUAAUUCAUCAGCACUGCCAUACGAAUUAUUCAACGACAUAUUGCACAGUGGUAAGUAAUAUAUUAUUAUAAGUAGGUAUCUUUUUUUAAAAAUAAUAUUGUUUGCAUUAAAAUAUAUCAUCACAACUAAAUAAAUGUUAUCUGUGCUUUUUAUUUUGUCUCGCAAUGCAAUCUUUUUACUUUUUCUAAUAGAAAUCUGCAUUUUAUUGUAGUGAAAUAUUAAAUUAAUGAAAUUUAUAUAAUAGAAAUAUUUGUUAUACACUGCCGGAAAAAAGCCAAUAUUCAAAUCUAUUGAAACACAAUUUAAAUUCCACAGUAAUAAGUUUUUUUUUUGCAGCUUAUACAGCGGAAAAUGAAACCAAAAUAGCGUUUAACCAGCGAAUGGACACAUUAGGUUAUUUAUUUUAUUAUUAGUACCUGUUUAUUAAUGUUAUGUUUAUUAUAUAGCUAUCAACCGACUAUAUUAAUAAUUGUUUACUUAGGGAACCUAAUUAAUAUUAUUAAUUAAAAAAAUGUUUUUUGGAAAUUGUAUCAUUUAUAGAGAAGGUAGAUAAUGUAGGAGACAUUAGCAAUGUAAUAUGAUUUAUGAUACACUUCUCUUUUUUAUUUUAAUCAAUUACUAAAUAUGCAUUUUUGAAUCUUGCAAUAAACCAACUCAAUAUUUACAUUGUUAUAGCUAUAAUUUAUACCUAAUUUUAAAUCCCACUUAUUUACUCACAAUUAUUUUAUAUCACACUCUAUUUGUUCAAACUUAAUUUAUUAUUAAUCUUACAAUGUACAAUACUUUGUAAUAGGCGUACUUAGGCGGCUUAAGUUCUUAUGGCUACGACUUAAAAAAAAAUAAUAAUAAUAAUAAAAAUACCCCAACAUUCAACAAUGAAAAUCAAGCUUGAAUAUUGUAUAUUUUUUUUUUUAGAUCUACCACAAUUUAAAUUGGAAAUUAGUAAGUUACUAUUUUGUCAUAAUGUGAUUUAAACAAAAUUUCUAGAAUGACUAGUAGUAAUGAGUUAAAAAAAGUUCAUGAUUCAUUUUGAAUUUUAGUUACAUAUUUUAUGUUAAUUUAUUUCCUUAAUUUUAACACAAUAUUAAAUUCAUAAUCUACACAUUAUUAGAAUACAUCAUAUAGAUAAUAUAUAUAUAUUUAACUCAAUAAUAUGUGCAUGGAUUUUCAAGCUUUUAUUAUUAUAAUGAUUAAGUAUAAUUUUAUAUUCCAGGAAUAAUCCCUGUGUUUAAUAUUGAUCAUCCCUAUUUUCAAAAAUUCACAAACCCUACAAGUUUAAACAUUUUCAUCGCGACAAUUACAAUUUUACAAUAAAAAUCUAAUUGAAUUGACUUAAUUCAAUUUUCAAAUUAACUUAAAACUUAACGUAGUUCAUUAAUAAAAUGAUUAAAUUUAUUUUAUUAACUUAAUUGAACAGAGUUAAUUAUUUAUUUUGCCCAGCCAUAUGAAAUUGAAAUUAUCUAUUAUCAUCAACAACAAGUAAUGACAUGGAAAUAUUUCAUAAAGAUUAGUUUAAUUAUAAUAUGUAUUCGGGAUAUGUUGAAUUAUCAUAUUACUAAAAACCGCCUGUUUUGACAAAACUACUUGCAAAAAUGUGUACAGCUCAAAUAUAUUAUUAUAAUAUUUCAAUAUAUUGUACUUAUACUUUUCCUGAAAACCACUUAAAUUCUGCCAGAUAAUAUUAUCAAUCCAAAUUCAUAAAAACAAUGGGUUUUAUACAUUUUUAAAACUUGAUUUGGUUAUUUCCUGUGUUUAAACAUUAUAUCUAUAGAGUUUGAAAUUAAUAAGGCAUAUGAUACUCCAAAAAGAAACGAAAUAUAUUUAAUAUAAUACAAAUAUAUUAAUAUGCCCACCAACAGUAUAUAGCAAAAGAUUUUUUGAUUAAGUUAUUUUUAAUAUUAACUAGGUGAAGAAGAUAUAAGAGCCAGCCAGAGAGACCGUUCAAGAAGGGAUAGAAGUGAUCAUCUGAAAUCUGUAUCUAAACUUUUCAGACUUCGAAAUUCGUAAAAUGUCCUUCAAAACACUGUACUUCAAUUGAGUCAUUUUUUGUGAGUUAACAAAUCAACAUUAUCAACUAGUAAUGGACGGUAAUGAAUAAGCUGUACCAUCAAUAAUUAAUCAUACUAAAUAUUGAAUAAUUAAUUAAUCAAAUAACAUAUUUGUUUAUUUUCAUAAAUUAUUCAAAAAUCUUUUUGUGGAUAGUAGCAUUAUUUGAAUAAAAUAAUAAACAUGGCUAAAUAUAUUUAGUCAUGGUAAUAAAGAUUAUUUGAAUAAUUCAGUGUAAAGUAAUAAAUAAUUAUUUUAACAAUAGGUGACUAUCGAAUAACUCUCAACUCUAUUAUCAACCACGUGCAGAGGAAUUGUCAAAAAAACAACUUAUAUUUUUCUAUUUUUCAGAACUUUAAACAAUCAACAUUUUUUGUGGACAAUAAGAAACUCAUUGAAUUUUUUUACUAAAAAAAUUAUCAAUAUACAUUAAAAUAUUGUUUUGUUAAGAACCUUCAAAUAUUAUUAUUGCACCUUCUAGCUUAAAAGUUAUAUUUUAUUUUAAUUGUACUUUACAUUUAAUACUUUAUAGCAGAUAUUAUGGUUGUCUACUAACAAAAUGUCUGUUUGGUAUUAAUAAAAUAUUAAAUAAAUAAUACAAAUAUUUUUAACAGUGUUCAAAGCGGUUGUAAUAGUUUUUAUGCACCUGUGUCACUAAUUAGCAAUCACAUUUAUUAAAUAAAGAUCCCCAAUAGAAUAGAAUUGAAUAUUUAUAGUAGAUAAAAUAAUUAUCAAACAAUAUAUUACUAUAUGUGUAAAAAAUUACAGUACUUUUUAACAAAUUAAAAGAAGAUAAAACUAAUAUAAUGUUGUCCAUAAUAGAAAUAAAUGUUUUUUAUUUUUUGGAAAUUCAAUUUACUUUGGCAGAGGUUAGUACCAAACGUUCAACUACUGCUAAUUGGGCCCGCGCUGAAUCCCUCAACGAAAAUAUGUGCAACAGUUCUUUUUCCGAUUUAGACAAAGGUAUGGCUUUUUCCAAACAAUCAACAGCAUCAUUUAAUUUUCCAC